AUGACGUUAUCACUUUGUGACAUUGCUUUGGAGCAGCGGAUGUCGAUUCGGCAAUUUUUAAAACGAAUCUCUUUUAACGAGUCAAUCUUUCAGGUAAUGCACUGUGUAAAGUAUAAUGCAGUUAGCAUAUCAAGCAUGUGGCGUAUUUUUGCAUCAGUCAUCUUGCUCACUUUAUUUGUUAUGCUUGCGUCGAAAAAAUAUGAUCAAAUAUUUGUCACGAUAAGUGAUUGGAAAACGAGAUUUAUUAAAGAUGAUCAGAUAAAUAUUAGCGAUAAAUGGAUAAUUUUUAGCGGAACUUUAGAUAAAUUAACUAAAACGACGAUUCUCGAAACAACGAAAUUUUCAAUAGAAAGUACGGAUAGCAAUGAAUUUAUAUCAAGAGAUAAGGACUACGAUCAAAUGGUAUAUUAUUACAUUUGA